AUUCUAUAUACUCCAAUCGGAGCAGUCGGCCGGGACGGGUUGGGAACUAGGGUUUACUGUUCUUCUUCGAUCGAUUAUCCCUCGCCAUGUCAACGGCGGCGCUGGUGGCGUGGCUCGCCCGCGACGUAUCGGCCGCGCGAGCCGCCGCCCACUUAGCCGCGGCCGCCGCAUCUCGUGCCGCGCGCUCCUCGGCGGUCGCGUCUCGUCCUUGUGCACGCUCGGCGGCCGUCGCAGCACGUCGCGCAGCACGCCAAGCCGCCGUCGCCGCAUCUCGCGCCGCACACGCGGUAUGUUACCUCGACGACUACGAGCCAUCAGAUGAUGGUCCUGAUCCAGGUGCCUUUUUGACGGAUUUUGAUGAGUCUGGUGACGAUUUUACGGACAAGGAUUUUGAGUCUGAUGAAGCUAUAUGGGCCUUGUAUGAGCGCUGGUGCAAGGCUUACGAUAAGAAGCGUGACCUUGCUGAGAUGACUCACCGGUUCAAGAUAUUCAAGCAAAAUGCAGAGGCUCUUCACAGAUCCAACGAGGGUGCUUCAAAAUAUGAGAAAAUAUAUUGUGGCCCAUACUGCGAUGGGUUCGAUGAGCAAGAGAGGGCUGAAGCUCUGCUUAAGUUUCGCCAUUUUCCCAGAGUUUGCGAAUAUAUAGAGUCGUUGGAGAUCGUCUUCCCAAAGUCGCGGGAGGUUGACUCCCCAAAUCAAUCCCCAUGAAUCACCUUUGAUCCCAAAACUGUAGACCAUCGUCAAAAAAAUGCCAUUGCUCAAAUGCCACUCUCAAAUUUUCAUUCUCAAAUAUCACCCACAUGUCAGUCUCUUUUUCCAUUUAAACAAAAGUGAUGUGAGACCAAAUGAUGUGCAAGGCUGACAUAUGGGUCUAAAUGACAUUUGGGAAUGAAAUUUUGGGAGAGUGGCAUUUGAAUACUGGUAAUUUGGGAGGAUGAAAAGAAAAGUAAAUUAUUCCCCUUAUGUGUAACAGCUUAUUUGUGUACUAAGCUUUGCCCUGGAAAACCGCAAUAAAUUAUAUUGCAUAAUAAAUUAUACUGUGUAGUUCAUGUUAACUAGCUUUGCAGUGUAAUGAAUUAUGUUUUGCCGUUC